AUGGAUUCACUUCAUGCGAGGGUUUCAACAUGUACACCCUCCGCUAUGGAUAAGGGUUUUAAUGCCCCGCGAGCGCAUAGUAAUAUUGGCAAGGUCAAUGCGACGCCUCUUAAAGCCCACGUAAACGUUGGAACAUGCCCAGAGCUUUUUCAUUCUAAGAUUGAUCGAGAGCGUCGAAACGCACUACCAAAGAAGGUACACCCACGCUUGCGAAGCGUGUCAUCACAGCCAUCAUUACCUCGUACAGCCCCGUCAGCUACGUUAUCGUCCCCGUUAUCGGCCCAUGCCAAGACAAGCGGCCGAAAAACGUUUGCAGAGACUCCAAGAACAAAGCAUGAAUGGUCUUCUGAGACAGGCUUCUUCAUAUGUGCUAACACUAUGCAUGCCUCUGUCGCGGAACCAGAGCCACUAAAAUCAAUACCCUCGCUCCUACCCCCUGGCAAGAUUUCCGAGCCAGUAUCAAGACCUUUCUCUGUUCGUGCAAGCACCGACAAGGUAAAUAAACCUGUUCGUGUACAUGUUAAUCAACGGUCUGGACCAAAAAUGUUGCCAUCAGCCUUGUCGCCAAAGCAGGCAGUGUCCACGGCUUCUAAACAGAAUGUUCGUCAUGUGUCUUUGUACCCGCAGCAAAACUCCGACAAGGUCCAAAGUGCCUCGCGCUCUCCCUCGCAUGAAACAUACCAUACGGGGUGCGGUCCAACUACAAGCGCCUCUCUUGCUCAAGCAAGCUUUAUGAAAGAUCAACAGGAACAUAAAUCAGCGCCAUCCCCUAUCCCGUUUCCAGUGCUGGGUAUGCGCACGGCGCCGGCCGCAUCCAUGUUACCUAGCGAUGCUAGUAGUGCGUGGACUGAUCAUAAGAAUCAAUCAGCCCCUGGGACGCUAUCACCACUUAGUCUCAACCACAGGAUGCAUAACGAGUUGUCUCUUACAUCGUCAACACCAAAUGAAUUGACAAUGGAAGAAGCCUCACAUAUCCUUGAUGCAAGGCAUGCUCGAAAACUCCUUGAUCUCGAAAUAUCGAACAAGAGUCUUCUGGCCAUAAAUGCGACUUUGGAAUCAAGUAAGGUAAAGCUCACAAAAGAGUUACGCGAACUGCGACACAAUAUGUUGGUAGGAAAGACCAACUCUGAAGCAAAUCAUGGAGAACAAAUAUCAGGUUCCAUUCGAACCUCAUUAGAUGAAUUACUCCAUCCUAUGUCUGGUGCAAACGAGAAGGAUAGUCUCGGUGAGGAAGUGUUACGUAUCUAUACUCAACAGGACCAAGAAACGGAUACGAUCUACAGACGCUGUUGCGCAAAAAUUGAUGAAUUGCUGAAGGAAGCACGUUCCGCGAUACUGGCAAAGCCAGUUCCAGACGCAGCUCCGGGCGGGAAAAUUCUUCACCCCUCAGAGUUGCGACAUGAUACACUGGAUGAUACCCCUGUAAAUGCUACUUUAACUGAAGGUCAUUUGAUGAUGAGAUUAAAGGAUAACUUGUAA